AUUUUAUUUGUUUCGGGAUCUGUCUCGUUGUUGUUUAUUAAUUAUCGAGCAUUAUUCCUACUCCUACAGUUGAAUUCGGAGACUUUUCUCCUCCUCAGUUAUACAAAAUAUUAAGACGCGUUUCACUAGGUGUGCAUAGACAAGGACCAGUACCCCUAGACCCAUUAGAGGUGCAACCGCUGGCUCGCAAUGAAUCGCAACCAAAACGGGAACCAUUUGCAUGGCGUUAAUGAGGGUCAGCCACUUGCGUUGUCCCUGGGCCCGGAAAACACAAUGGAUGUUGACGUAGAUGGAAACAGUCAUGCAGGCGAUGAUCUUCAUAACCCUAUCUUAAAAGCAUCCGCCAAGUCUCUCACUCCCACAGUGAGCGACCAGGCCCUUAACACUCUGAAUGAGCUUCGCGAGUCUAAUCUGCUGUGCGAUGCCCAAAUUACGGUGGGGGAGCAAGCCUUCAACGUACAUCGCGCUAUAAUGUGCUCUUGUAGCUCGUACUUUCGCGCACAGUUUACGGGGUUUAACACGGGCAAUCACGGAUGCGGAGCUAGUGUUGUUGACACCGAAGAAAAUCGCAUCAUCCAUAUACCCGGUAUCAGCGCCUCAAUAAUGAAUUGUGUUAUUCAGUACGCAUACCUGCGCAAGACUUACAUCUCUGAUGAAAAUGUACAUGAGCUCCUCAUAUGCGCCGACUAUGUGGGUAUGGUGGGUUUGGUUAAACAAUGCAAGGACUAUCUCAGCCACACCCUUACACCGGAGAAUUGUGUUAGCAUUAUGGGAUUUGCGAGGUUUCGCUUCUUGGAAGACCUUUACCAGAAGGCACGUAACUAUACACUUCGAUAUUUUACAGAAGUGGCUGCUAGAAAUACGGAUAUUCUAGACAUGAAUGUGAAAGACUUCUACAGUAUAAUUAGUGACGAUGAGCUUAACACAAGGGAGGAGGACUACGUGUGGAAGCUUUGCGUAAAGUGGAUAGAUCGGGAUCCAGUGAAUCGCAAUCAACAUGUUGCACACCUGAUGACGGGCGUUCGUCUGGGUCUGAUGACUCCCAAGUGCUUCAUGGAGGAAGUCAAGGAACACCCGUACGUUAUCCAGUGUGAAGCCGCUAAGCCUCUUAUAGUAGACACCUUCAAAUUCAUGUAUGAUCUGGACUUUCUGAACCCACAGGCUGAUGAGCUUACCACGCCACCACUGGCAAUGCCCCGGCUACCACACGAAGUAAUUUUUGCGAUAGGCGGUUGGAGCGGCGGUACAUCAAAAGGAUGUAUUGAAACUUAUGAUACACGAGCUGACCGCUUAAACAUAAAUGCAGAAGACCCUGCCGGACCACGUGCCUACCACGGAACUGCCGUUUUGGGGUUUAAAAUAUAUUCGAUUGGAGGUUAUGAUGGAGUGGAAUAUUUUAACACAUGCCGUGUCUUUGACGCAGUUAAGAAGAAGUGGAGCGAAAUCGCGCCGAUGCACUGCCGCCGUUGUUACGUCAGCGUGACGGAGCUUAAUGGCAUGAUAUAUGCAAUUGGAGGGUAUGAUGGCCACAAUCGUCUUAAUACUGUGGAGCGUUACAACCCAAAUACCAAUCAGUGGUCUAUAAUACCGCCGAUGAACAUGCAACGCUCCGAUGCAAGCGCAUGCACAUUGAAUGGUCGUAUCUAUGCAACUGGUGGAUUCAAUGGACAAGAGUGCCUAGACAGCGCUGAGUACUACGAUCCGAUAACAAAUGUUUGGACACGCAUAGCAAACAUGAACCAUCGUCGUUCUGGUGUCAGUUGCGUCUCAUUUCGUAGUCAAUUAUAUGUCAUUGGAGGUUUUAAUGGUACAGCACGUCUUUCCACUGGUGAGCGUUUUGAUCCAGAAUCACAGACAUGGCAUUUUAUUAGAGAAAUGAAUCACUCGCGCAGCAAUUUCGGCCUGGAGAUCAUUGAUGAUAUGAUUUUUGCUAUAGGAGGUUUUAACGGCGUCUCAACUAUUUCGCAUACUGAAUGUUACGUAGCCGAGACAGAUGAGUGGAUGGAAGCUACCGAUAUGAAUAUCGUUCGCUCUGCCCUGUCCGCAAACAACGUUGCAGGUCUUCCAAACAAACGGGACUAUAUACAUAAAGAACGCGAUCGCCUUAUGGAGGAGAGGCGACAGAGACUUAUGGCCACGGCCAUGGCUCGAGAAGACGUCGGACAUGGCAACCCGUCACAAUCACUUAUAGAGACAAACGACGCGGCCAUGGAUGACUACGAAAGUCCCAAUGAUGAUGAAGAGACAGAGGAGCAUCAGCAACCGGUGCAUCACCAGCAAGUAAUGCCGCUCCCGUUAGGUCUACCUGUACCUGCUGUGGCUGUUGCCGCGGCUGCCCACGAUACUCCCGGACCUACUCCUGGGCCCGCCGCCCUAGGCGUAGUCCAAGGCAAGGACAAACACAAGCGGCUGCUGCCGCGCAUCUUAAUCGUUUAAUGGAGGAGCGAGCGCCGGAGA